AUGGCAAUCAAGCAGAACGGUUCAGCCACCCCGAGUAUCAGCAUGCGUCCUAUAAUCAUAUCCUCUGGACAAAUUAGACUUUCCAUCCCCGUAUCCGCGCACGCGGACGAAUGGAUCCAAGCUGAAGUCCUUCGGGACGAAUUUACACAUGUGGAGAGCCAGACGGACGCUGGCGUUGUUGAAGGAGAAGACGAUGUUAUGGAGGCAACGGUAGCCUUUACAGCGCGUUUCCUUUCGUAUCUCGUCGACCACGAGGCGACCAAAUCACUUAUUGCGAACGUCCUUUCGUACUUCGUCAAUUCAUACCUGAAGGCCCAAGAAAUCCACACUCUUGUUGCCGCGUACACUCCGGACACGCGAAAAGCCGUUCUUCAGGCUUACUUCAAGGCUCUAUCUGCGUCAGGGGCGACCCCCGCGUCUUCUUCAGCUCUUCUCAAUGCCGCGACCAACGAGAAAGCACAAAUCUACGCCCUAUUUGGAGGUCAGGGCACCAACGAAGUGUACUUCGAUGAAUUGCAGUCAUUAUACGACACUUACACGCCCUAUGUCAAAUCAUUCAUCGAGAACGUCUCGAAAAAUGUCUUGGAACCCCUCGCGACGUCGCGACAAUCUACCACCAAUGCUUCCAGCACUUCGUUCUACACCCAUGGGCUGUCCGUCGCGUCUUGGCUAGCGGAAGGAGCCGAAUCGCGACCACCACUUUCAUACCUUGCCUCCGUCCCCAUUUCUUUCCCACUCAUCGGGCUUACGCAGCUCGCGCAAUAUGUCAUUGCUUGCAAGAUAUCGGGGUUAACGCCCCUUGACAUGCAAGAACGUCUACAAGGUGCCACCGGUCACUCGCAAGGGAUCGUAGGCGCCGUUGUCAUCGCUGUAUCGGAGACCUGGGAGGACUUCGAAGAGAACGCCUCAAAGGCCUUGAAAUGGCUCUUUUACUCCGGCAUGCGAGGCCAGGAGAUGUUCCCUGUUGUCGCUUUGGAGCCUAAUAUGGUGAAGGACAGCAUCGAAGGAGGCGAAGGUGCUCCAUCUCCCAUGCUCAGCGUCACUGGCUUGAGUCUUCCCCAGCUCGAGCCCCACAUCAAGAAGACCAACUCUCACCUUCCUGACAAUUCUCAAAUCUACGUCUCACUACACAACGGCCCCCGAGCGUUCGUCAUCACGGGGCCAGCUAAGAGUCUCUACGGCUUGGUUACGCAUCUGAGGAAAGUCAAAGCGGCCAACUCCGAUCAGAGCAAGGUUCCAUUCAGCGAGAGGAAGCCAGUUUUCUCCACGAGGUUCUUGGUUGUCGGCGUCCCCUACCACAGCAAAUACAUGGAGGGCGCGUCGGACAAGGUCAUGGAGGAUCUUGGGGAGGAGUUGUGGACCGGCGAAGAUUUGGGUAUCCCUGUUUAUAACACCGAAGACGGAACGGACCUUAGUGAACUUCCCAGCACAAGAUCACUCACGCGUGAGCUGUGUGAUCAGAUUUUCACGAAACCCAUUCAUUGGUCGAUCGCGACUAAUUUCCCCGACACCGCCACCCACGCCAUUGACUUCGGGCCAGGUGGCCUCAGUGGAAUUGGGCCCUUGACCGCCCGUAAUCUUGAUGGCCUUGGUGUUCGCGUCAUUGUUGUUGGCGACAAGACGAAGGGGGAUGCAGAGUUGUACGAUGCCAUCACCGUCAAACACGAAGAAUGCUGGAGCAAGAAGUGGGCUCCUAAGUUGGUCAAGACUAGUGAUGGCACUAUCCAUCUCGAUACGCCAUUCUCUCGCUUGUUGGGCAAGCCACCCAUCAUGGUGGCCGGUAUGACGCCGACGACCGUCAAGGCGGGCUUCGUCUCUGCUGUUCUUUCCGCUGGCUAUCAUGUCGAACUUGCUGGUGGUGGCCACUACAAUGCCUCCGCCCUUCGCGCCAAGGUCGCAGAAAUCCAGGCCAACAUCCCUGCUGGCGUUGGCCUUACCCUCAACGCCCUCUAUAUCAAUCCCCGUCAAUUCAACUUCCAAUUCCCUCUGUGGCAGGAGAUGCGCCGCGAGGGUCUUCCCAUCGAAGGUUUCUGUGUUGCUGCUGGUAUUCCUAGCACCGAGAAGGCCAAAGAAAUCAUCGAUGGCCUUAAGGCAGCUGGUAUUCGUCACGUCGCAUUCAAGCCCGGUAGCGUCGAUGGUAUCAGGCAAGUAGUCAACAUCGCGUUGGCAAACCCCGACUUCCCCAUCAUCAUGCAAUGGACUGGUGGUCGCGCCGGUGGCCAUCAUUCCUUCGAAGAUUUCCAUCAACCGAUUCUAUCUACAUACCGUGCCAUCCGUCAAGCCGAGAAUAUUAUCCUCGUCGGUGGUAGUGGAUUUGGUGCGAAGGAUGGAGAAGACGUUUUCCCCUACCUCACGGGAGAGUGGUCGAAGGCGAUGUACGGGGCACAGUUGAUGCCAUUCGACGGUUUCCUCUACGCCAGCCGGGUAAUGGUGGCGAAGGAAGCACAUACUAGCGGAAGCGUGAAGGACCUGAUUGUCGCCGCGGCUGGUGUUGACGACAGCAAGUGGGAAGGGACAUACAAGGCGCCGACUGGUGGCAUUCUCACUGUGCGUUCCGAGCUCGGUGAACCGAUCCAUAAGGUCGCGAACCGUGGUGUGAAGUUGUGGAAGGAGUUCGAUGACACCGUCUUCAAGCUGCCGAAGGAGAAACGAGACGCCUGGUUGUCUCAACAUCGUGACGAGGUGAUUAUGAAGCUCAAUCGGGACUUCAGCAAGCCGUGGUUUGGAUGGAAGAAGGACGACACCGUGGCGAUCGACUUGCGCGACAUGACUUAUGAGGAGACUGUCUUGAGGAUGAUCAGGUUGAUGUUCGUCGCGCACGAGAAGCGUUGGGUGGAUAUAAGCUUGAGGAAUCUGACCGGUGAUUGGUUGAGACGUGUUGAGGAGCGCUUCGCCGGUGUCAACGGGGGAGGGAACAAGGCCAGUAUCCUCCAAAGCUACGCAUCAUUGGACGACCCCCUCCCUUUCGUCGAGGCGUUCUUGAAGAAGUACCCACUUGCCAAAGAGCAGCUCCUUGCCUCCGAGGAUCGUGCUUACUUCCUCGCUAUCGCUCAACGCCCUGGUCAGAAGCCUGUGCCAUUCAUUCCCAUUCUAGACGCUAGUUUCGAGGUUUGGUUCAAGAAGGAUUCCCUUUGGGCGGCGGAAGAUAUCGAGGCUGUAUUUGACCAGGAUCCGGAACGUGUCUGCGUCCUCCAAGGCCCUGUCGCGGUCAAGCAUGCUAUCGUCAAAGACGAGCCUAUCAAAGAGCUCCUUGGUGGUAUUAACCAGUCCCUCAUCAAGCGCCUUUUGGAUAGCAAGUAUGCAGGCGACUCAAAUAAAGUCCCAACCGUUGAUUAUCUUGCUCCUUCUCCCCUAACAACCUCCCCCACUUCCAACGGUCCUACCACCUAUACAGUCGGCGACGUGCUACCCGACACCCAGACCUGGCUUGAAACUUUGAGCGGCCAUAAACUGACAUGGUUGAAGGCUUUGUUGACUUCAACUACAAUCGUCCAAGGCACUUCUUACAUUGACAAUCCUCUUCGCCGCAUUCUUGCCCCCCGUCACAAACAGAAAGUCGUUGUCACCUUCGAUGGGCAGGAUCCUGCGUCUCUCACCGCUUACGGCGCGGCUCGUUCCUUCGGUCAGCCCUUAGAGGGAUUCAAGGCCGUCGAGAUCACUUACCACAAAUCUACGGGGCUCAUCGACCUCAUCAUGUUCGAGGAGCGCCGCAAUGUUUCUGUUCCCCUUUUGCUGCAAUUCCAGUAUAAGCCCUCGCAAGGGUUUGCCCCGAUCCACGAAGUCGCCGAAGGUCGAAACAAGAGGAUCAAAGAAUUCUACUGGAAACUCUGGUACGGUGACGACGAGAGUUUGCCCGAGAUCGACUUGAAGGCAUCCUUCUCCGGUCCCGAGGUCGUCAUUGCUGCGGAAACUGUGGAGAAGUUCUGCUCUGUGGUUGGAAAUCAAGGUGAGGAGUUCAAGACCAGCAGGAACGAGUCCGUGAAGGCUCCAAUGGAUUUCGCUAUCGUUACCGGGUGGCAGGCGAUCAUUAAAUCAAUCUUCCCUGGAGCUGUCGACGGAGACCUUCUCAAACUCGUUCAUCUUUCGAACGGAUUCAAGAUGGUGGAGGGUGCGAGGCCCCUCCAAGUCGGCGACAUCUGUAAAGCAGAGGCACGCAUUGCUUCUGUGACCAACAGCAACGAAGGCAAGAUUGUGAAGGUAAAGGGCCAUGUGUACCGUGAUUCUAACCCGGUUAUCCAAGUCGUCUCGGCCUUCCUCUACCGCGGUCGUUUCACUGACUACGAGAAUACUUUCGAGACAACAGAGGAACCCGACUAUCUAGUGCCCUUGGAGAAUGACGCCCACGUCGGCGUACUGCAAUCUAAGGAGUGGUUUGAAUGGAGCGACCCCUCCCAACCCCUCCUUGCCGGCACCUCCCUCAUAUUCCGUAUCCAGUCCCAAUUCUCGUUCAAGGAUCGCGUCUCUUACAAGGACGUCAUGGUCACCGGUGAUGUCUUCGUUCGAGAUCAGCUCAAACGUUUGGUGAAAGUCGGCUCUGUAUAUUUCCAACACGAAGACUCAAAGGGCAAUCCAGUCCUCGCCUACCUUCAGCGUCACGGCGCACCCCAAGGAUUGCCAACACCCCUCGCUAACGAUGGAUAUACUAUGACUGGGGAGGGCGUCCCAACCACUUUCAAUGCGCCUUUGACCAACGAGCCGUAUUCCAAUGUCUCGGGCGACUUCAACCCGAUUCACAUCAACCCUUACUUCUCGGACUACGCCUCCCUUCCUACCACCAUUACCCAUGGCCUCUGGUCAAGCGCCGCUACUAGGCGAUAUAUCGAGAAUGUCGUUGCGAAAGGGAAGCCCGAGCGAGUCCUCGCCUAUGAUGUCAACUUUGUUGGCAUGGUUCUUCCUGGCGACGAACUCAGCGUCAAAAUCCGCCAUGUCAGCAUGAGAGAUGGGAACAUGGUCGUCAACAUUGAGACAACCAACACGCGAGGCGAGAAGGUCCUCCAAGGCUCAGCGGAAAUCGCACAACCUACCACCGUCUAUGUUUUCACCGGUCAGGGUUCGCAGGAGCCUGGUAUGGGUAUGGAUCUCUAUAAUUCUUCGCCUGCUGCUCGCGCUGUUUGGGACGGUGCUGAUGCUCACUUGCUCGCCGUCUAUGGGUUCUCGAUCACGGAGAUUGUCAAGGAUAACCCGAAAGAGAAGACGAUCCACUUUGGAGGUAUUAAGGGCCAGGCAAUCCGGAAGCGCUACAUGGACAUGACCUACGACACCAUGGACAAAGACGGCAACGUCAAAACUCUCCCUCUCUUCGCUGACAUCGACAUACGUACCCCCAAGUACACAUUCAGUCAUCCCAACGGUCUUCUAUUUGCCACACAGUUCGCCCAAAUUGCCCUUGUCGUCACCGAGAAGGCCGCCUUCGAGGAUAUGCGCAUGAAAGGCUUCGUACAGAAGGACUGUGCUUUCGCCGGUCACUCCCUCGGUGAAUACUCUGCGUUGGCGUCAAUCGCCGACGUCCUCCACAUCUCCGCUCUUGUCGAUGUCGUGUUCUAUCGUGGAAUUACAAUGCAACGCGCUGUGGAACGCGAUGCAGAGAACCGAUCCAACUACGCGAUGUGCGCUGUCAACCCGAGUCGAAUCUCAAGCUCUUUCACCGACGCCGCAUUGCGCGAGGUCGUCGAUUCCAUUGCCUCCGUCUCGGGCUCGCUGCUGGAAAUCGUCAACUACAAUGUCGAGGGACAACAAUACGUCUGCGCUGGUGAACUUGUGGCAUUGCAAACAAUGACCAAUGUGUUGAACUACUUGAAAGUCCAGAAGAUCGACAUUGCCAAGCUUACGGAAACCUUCACUGUGGAGAAAGUGAAAGAGAUGCUUCGAGACAUCGUCAAAGAAUGCUUCGACCGCGCUAAGAAACAGCAAGAGGCGGAGGGCUACAUCAAGCUUGAGAGAGGUUUCGCUACCAUUCCCCUCCCUGGCAUUGAUGUUCCAUUCCACUCGCGUUAUCUAUGGGCUGGUGUCAUGCCCUUCCGUGCUUAUCUUUCCAAGAAGAUUAACGCUGCACACUUGAACCCGGAUAUGCUCGUCGGCAAAUACAUUCCAAAUCUGGUUGCCAAACCCUUCGACGUCUCGCAAGAAUAUGCUCAGCUGAUUUACGACCAAACAUCUUCGCCUCGCCUCGACAAGGUCCUCAAGAAGUGGGAAUCGGAGAACUGGGGAGGAGCCGAACAACGCCAGAAACUCGCUUAUAUCAUUCUCGUUGAACUUCUGGCCUACCAAUUCGCCUCGCCCGUUCGUUGGAUAGAAACGCAAGACAGACUUUUCACUCAAUUCGCCUUUGAACGCCUGAUCGAACUUGGCCCCUCCCCCACUCUUACUGGAAUGGCGUCUCGCACGCUGAAAGCCAAGUACGAAGCUGCAGACGACUCUGUGACACGGUCUCGUAUCAUCCUCUGCCACGCAAAGAACGUCAAAGAAAUCUACUACCAAUUCGAGGAUGAGCCCGAAGCUCCCGCCGACUCUUCAUCAUCUCCGGAGCCCGCUGCUUCCGCCCCAUCUACUCCCGUUGCCGUCCCUGUAGCGUCUGCUCCUGCCCCCGCUGCUUCCGGCCCUGUCGUGUCCAUUGAAGACGUGCCCAUCAAGGCCGUUGAUAUACUGAGCGUCAUUGUUGCCCAGAAGUUGAAGAAACGCGUCGAUGAGGUACCUCUUGGCAAGUCGAUCAAAGACCUCGUCGGAGGCAAGUCAACUCUUCAGAACGAAAUCUUGGGUGAUCUUCAGUUGGAGUUCACAUCUGCACCUGAAAAAGGAGAGGAGCUUCCACUCGAAGAACUCGGGUCCGCUCUCGGCUCUGGACAUAGCGGGUCCCUCGGGAAAUACACUGCUGGUCUCGUCUCCCGCAUGGUUGGCGGGAAAAUGCCGGGAGGAUUCAACGCGUCUGCAAUCAAGACAUAUCUUUCCAAGAGUUGGGGCUUAGGUCCCUCUCGCUCAGAUGCCGUGCUGCUGCUCGGAACAACUUUGGAACCCCCCAAACGUCUUGGAUCAGAACCCGAAGCUAAGACUUGGCUCGACGGUGUCGUUUCCACCUACGCCCAAAGAGCUGGCAUAUCUCUCUCCGCUCCUGGUGCCGGGGGCGCCGGUGGUGCUUCUGGUGGCGGCGCCGUAAUCAACAGCGAAGAGUUCAUCAAGUUCCAAGCAGAUCAGGAGCAAUUCGCCGCGCAACAAAUCGAACUCUACAUGCGCUAUCUCAAGCGUGACUCCCGCGCUGGCGAGAUCGCCUUUGACACAGAGAAAGCGACUUCGGCGUCUCUUCAAGCUAAGCUCGACAGCAUCACGAAAGAGCAUGGCGAUACUUAUAUUGAGGGCAUUCAACCAUUCUUCGAUCCGUUGAAGGCCCGUCGCUUCGACUCCUCCUGGAAUUGGGUUCGUCAAGAUGCAUUGCUCAUGUACUACGACAUCAUCUUUGGUCGCCUUACUACUGUUGAUCGUGAGAUCACAGCUCGCUGCAUCGCAUUGCUUAAUCGCGCAGAUCCGGAGAUGCUCACAUACAUGCAGUAUCAUAUCAAUCAGUGUGAUCCGUCCAAGGGAGAGAACUACGCGCUUGCGAAGGAGUUCGGUCAACGCUUGAUCGACAAUACACGGGAAGUACUUGGCCAACCGCCAUUGUACAAGGAUGUUACCUUCCCCACUGCGCCGCACACCGAAGUAACGGACAAAGGUGAUAUUGUCUACUCUGAGGUUGUCCGCGAGAAUGUCCGCAAGUUGGAGGCGUACGUCGAGGAGAUGGCCAGCGGCGAUACUGUGUCUACUCCUGUGAACAUCCAGAAGGUCCAGGACGAUGUUUUGAAGUUGUGGACGGUCGUCAAAUCUCAACCAGGCAUCAGUCAGGAGCAGAAGAACCGUAUCAAGGCGUUAUACGAGGGCGUCGUUCGAUCACUGCGAAAGAAUCCUGAAGCUAGACCUCGACCGGGCGUUCGCAAUCGACGAUCCUCUUCUCAGUUCCUUCGUCCUCAGAUUUCGACCAUUUCUUCCGUCUCAGGGGACAAGAUUCCCCUUCUCCAUCUCAAGCGCAAAGUCGGCGUCAACUGGGAAUACAGCAGCAAUCUCACUGGUGUCUACCUCGACGUGCUUCACGAAAUCGCCACUUCCGGGACUACCUUCAAAGACAAGAAUGCUCUCCUUACCGGCGUAGGCAAAGGGUCUAUCGGUGUCGAAAUUCUCAAGGGUCUCCUCUCCGGCGGUGCUCACGUUGUUGUCACAACUUCGCGUUAUAGCCGAGCCACCGUCGAGUACUACCAGUCCAUCUAUCAUAGCUUCGGAAGUCGUGGCUCUGCCCUCACAGUUGUCCCAUUCAACCAAGGCUCAAGGCAGGAUGUGGAAGCUCUCGUGGAUUACAUCUAUGCUACACUCGGCAUGGAUCUCGACUACAUCCUUCCCUUCGCCGCAGUUCCUGAAAAUGGUCGCGAGAUAGAUGGCCUCGAUGACAAGUCAGAGCUUGCUCACAGAAUCAUGCUUGUGAACCUUCUUCGUAUUCUCGGCGCCGUGAAGAAUAAGAAGGCCAGCCGCCACUUCGUCACUCGUCCCACGCAGGUCAUCCUACCCUUGUCUCCCAAUCACGGCCUUUUCGGCAACGAUGGUCUCUAUUCAGAGUCGAAGAUUUCCCUCGAGACGCUCUUCAACCGCUGGAAUUCGGAAAGCUGGGGGGAAUACUUGUGUUUAGCUGGUGCAGUCAUUGGUUGGACUCGUGGCACUGGGUUGAUGAGUGCUACCAACAUAGUCGCCCACGAGUUGGAAACUUACGGCGUGCGCACCUUCUCCGCGAAGGAGAUGGCAUUCAACGUCCUCGGCCUCAUGCAUCCUCUCCUCUUCAGUAUUACCCAGGUUGAACCAAUCUGGGCGGACCUCAACGGCGGCAUGGAUCGUCUACCUGACCUCGCCGAAAUUACGAACCGCAUUCGCACGGACCUGCUCAAGAAGGGCGAUCUGCGUCGCGCCAUCACCAGGGACAACUCAGCCGAUUUCACCGUCGUCAAUGGUGUAGAAGCUGAGCGCCUCCUCCAAACUGUCGAAAUCACUCCACGUGCCAACUUCCGUUUCGAUUUCCCUCAACUUGAGACCCCCGAGAGCCUUGCUGACGUUGCCAAGCUCCAGGGAAUGAUUGAUCUCGAAAAGGUCAUCGUCCUCACUGGGUACGGUGAAGUCGGGCCUUGGGGAAGUGCUAGAACGCGUUGGGAGAUGGAAGCUCGUGGCGAAUUCACGAUCCAAGGCUGCAUCGAGAUGGCAUGGAUGAUGGGCUACAUCAAACAUUUCGAUGGGAAACUCAAGGACGGCUCACUGCAUGUGGGCUGGGUUGAUAGCAAGACUGGCGAGCCGGUUGACGACAAAGACGUUCGCGGACGCUACGAAAAGGACAUUCUUGCCCAUGCCGGUAUCCGGCUCAUCGAACCUGAACUGUUCCGUGGCUAUGACCCGAACAAGAAGGUCUUCAACCAGGAAAUCGAGCUCAUCCACGACCUUGAGGCCAUCGAAGUGUCCGAAUCGGAAGCUCAGAAAUUCAAGUAUCAGCAUGGCGACAAAUGUGACAUCUGGGCCGGCAAAGACGGCUCCUGGUUCGUCAAGUUCAAGAAGGGUGCCUGUGUCUUCGUUCCGAAAGCGUUUAAGUUCAGCCGAACCGUCGCUGCUCAAAUCCCCACCGGGUGGCACGCUGGCCGCUAUGGCAUUCCGGAUGAUAUCAUUGCUCAAACAGAUCGUGCCACUCUUUGGGCUCUCGUCUGCGCUGCUGAGGCACUCAACAACUCCGGUGUCACUGAUCCCUACGAACUCUACAAAUAUAUACACCCGUCUGAAGUCGGAACGUGUAUCGGCAGUGGUAUGGGUGGUGUCGUGAGUAUGGCGAAGAUGUUCAAGGAUCGUCGCGACGAAAAGGAUGUUCAGAAUGAUAUCCUCCAAGAGACCUUCAUCAACACGACUGCCGGUUGGAUCAAUCUACUCCUCAUGUCUUCCAGCGGACCUGUCAAGAUUCCUGUCGGUGCCUGUGCUACGGCUCUUCAGUCUCUUGAGAUUGCCUGCGAUACCAUCCUCUCUGGCAAGGCCAAGGUCAUGCUCGCAGGUGGCUUUGAUGAUCUGAGUGAGGAAGGAUCCUAUGAAUUCGCCAACAUGAAGGCUACAAGUAACGCUGAGACCGAAUUCGCUAUGGGACGCGAGCCGACCGAAAUGUCUCGCCCAGCAACAACGACGCGUGCAGGGUUCAUGGAGGCGCAAGGAACCGGCAUUCACAUCGUCAUGAGCGCGAAGACUGCUCUUGAGCUCGGCGCUCCUAUUCGUGGUAUCCUCGCAUUCACUUCGACAUCUACUGACAAAGCUGGCCGAUCUGUCCCUGCUCCGGGUCGUGGCGCUCUCACAGUCGCCAGAGAAGUACCAUCGAAGCACCCCCUUCCCAUCCUCGACAUCAAUUACCGCUCUCGUCAACUUUCCUUCCGCCGCAACCAGAUCUCCCAAUGGCUUGACAAUGAGCGCGCUCAACUCCAGCAAGAGCUCGAGUUCCGAAAGGAAUCGGGCGAGCCCAUUGACGACGAAUAUCUUACCUCGCGCGUCGCUGCUAUGGAGAAAGAAGCUAAACAGCAAGAGAAGGACGCACUUGCUAUGUACGGCAUGCUUGAAGGCUCUGAUCCCCGUGUCGCCCCCAUCCGCCGUGCACUUGCUGUUUGGGGACUUACUGCUGAUGACGUUGGUGUUCUUUCAAUUCACGGUACAAGUACUGGAGCAAACGAGGAGAAUGAGACCCAUAUUUGGAACGAGAUCUUCACCAACAUCGGUCGUACGCCUGGUAACGCCGUUCCGGUCAUGGCGCAGAAGAGCUUGCUCGGUCACUCGAAGGGUGGUUCUGCAUCCUGGCAAAUGGGUGGCUUGUCGCAGACCAUCCUCAAUGGCAUCAUCCCCGGAAACAGGAAUUCAGACAACAUCGAUUCUCACUUCCAAGAUCGUCACUUCCUCAUGUUCCCUUCGAAGUCAAUCCACACCGACGGCAUUCGCGCUGGCGCUAUGUCAUCAUUCGGCUUCGGUCAAGUUGGUGGCACUGCUGUCCUCGUUCAUCCUCGUUACCUCAUGGGUGCUCUUGAGCCUUCUUACUACAAGGGCUACGUAGAACGCAAUCGCUCGCGCAGUCUCCAGGCCUACAAGGCGAUGAGUGAGAUGAUGAUCAAGCCUUCCCUCGUUCGCAUCAAGGAGGCUCCCCCCUACACCCCCGACCUCGAGGAUAAGGUCCUCCUCAACUCUAUGGCUCGUGCUAGCUUCGACUCCAAGAACGGUAGUUAUACAUUCAAGGCUAACUUGCCCAAAGCCCCGGAGUUCGACGGCAAGAAUGUCCAAGCAAUCACUGAGGCGAUCUCAGUUCCUCCUGCUUCUGACUCAGCCAUCGGUGUUGGCGUAGACCAAGAAUUGAUCUCUGCUGUACCAUCGCAUAACCCUACCUUCGUUGCUCGCAACUUCACCGAUGCCGAAAUAAUAUAUUGUCGCGCUCAACCCUCGCCCCCAUCAUCAUUCGCAGCCCGUUGGGUCGCUAAGGAGGCCAUCUUCAAGUCUCUCGGCGUUCGGUCCAAAGGGGCCGCAGCUUCCAUGAAAGACAUUGAGAUCCUCAAUAACGACCAGGGCGUUCCUACCGUCACUCUUCACGGCGAUGCUGCUGCUGAGGCACAAGCAAAGGGCAUAAAGAAUGUCCUUAUUUCCCUCAGUCACUCUGAUACUGUCGCCAUCGCGUUCGCCCAAGCCACGAAAUCUGCAUAA